AUGCUGGAUAUUAUAUCAUUUGUCGUCGAUGAUCUUGACAUGAAACUAGAAAUAUUUCUUCUCAUCAUUACUCUUCGUUGUGCAUCGUCAAUGGUCAAUGUGAUUAUUGACGUUCGAUCUGCAUGUGAAUCAAUUGUCGAUUGUCUAUCUACUAAUGGUUCGACUACGACCUGUUAUCUUGGCAAAUGUGUUCCGUGCCGACAAUCAAGUGAAUCUUGUUCAUCUGCAGCUCAUUGUUGUAGCGGUUCACGAUGUUAUCGACGUCGCUGUACACCGCUCUACAAAACUGGAGAAACCUGUCGUCUUAAUCGUGAAUGUUUCGAUAUUAAUGAUUUUUGUAUUGAUGGAAUUUGUAAACAAUGUAUACCUCUCUAUGCGCCAUGUUCGACAACGCCUUUCUCGACACCUUGUUGCAUAGGACAAGGUAUAUGUCGGUUCGGUAUCUGUCAACCAGCACAUACACAAAGCCAAAUAGUAGCGCCACUCGUUCGUCUAUAUAAAUCGAAGGAAGAAUUUGUUCUUUCACAAUGUCUGGUAUCGAACGAAACAUCGGAAUUCUUACCUUGCCAUUUGAGAUUUAGAAUCAUGUUCGCUUUCGUUCAACGCGUUCUCGAUUGGUUCAAAAGUUUAUUUUGGAAAGAAGAAAUGGAAUUGACACUUGUCGGUUUACAAAACUCUGGCAAAACAACAUUUGUUAAUUUAAUCGCAUCAGGUCAAUAUUCCGAAGAUAUGAUACCCACCGUUGGAUUCAACAUGAGAAAAGUCACGAAAGGAAAUGUAACGAUCAAAAUUUGGGAUAUCGGUGGUCAACCUCGUUUUCGUAGUAUGUGGGAACGUUAUUGUCGUGGUGUCAAUGCGAUUGUAUUCAUGGUCGAUGCAGCUGAUCAUGAGAAACUUGAUGCGGCUAAACAAGAAUUCAGUAGUUUGUUAGAAAAGCCUCAACUUCAAGGUAUACCAGUUCUUGUACUCGGCAAUAAACGUGAUUUACCCAAUGCACUCGAAGUUCAAGAGCUUAUUCAAAGAUUGGAACUUUCACCGAUAAAAGAUCGCGAAAUCUGCUGUUAUUCCAUAUCAUGCAAAGAAAAAGAAAAUAUUGACAUUACACUUCAAUGGCUUAUUCAACAUUCAAAAUCGAACAAGUGUAACACAAGCAAUGAGUACUCAACAAACGUCCAUGGUAAAGAUGAAACCACGACAAAAGACAAGAAAUUAGAUAUUACAAGUUUGGAGGAAGAUGAUGAAUUCGAAGAAUUUCCCGUUGAAGAAUGGUCACAAGAAGAUUUAGAUAACGAAGAUAAACGUUUAUGGGAAGAACACUGGGAUGAUGAUGUGACUGAAACACCAUUAAUCGAACAAUUGAAACAAGAACUCAAUAAACAUGGUGCAGCGAAAACAGCAGCGACAACAGCGAAAUAA